UCCAGCGCCCUCCUCGCCCGCCGCCACGAUGGGCUUCUCGUCCGCGGUCUCCUCGGCGCCCCUCGCCCCGCCGGCGGGCGACUCGCUGCAGUUCUUUGCAAUCCUCCACUGGAUUCAAGCUGUCACGGCUGCUUUAAGCAUCAUGGGGUCCAGCUCGAUUAUUGGCUAUGCCGUGUUCCAGAAUACCGCCAGAUCCCCGGAGGUGCGGCCCCUCUUCUACCUGAGCAUCUCUGACCUCUGCCUGGGGAUGUGCUGGCUCACAGGGGCUCUCCUCUACAGCAACAUGACCACCGAGACGCCAGACCAGGAAGCCGCCUGCUAUAACCUUCAAGCCACUGGACAGGUCUUCUACGUUGCAUCUUUCCUGUAUACCGUCAAUUAUAUCUGGCAUCUUUACAUGGACUUGAAGGCGAAAUACGACCAGAGCCGCUUCACCCACACCUCCCAGAUAUUCAGCUACAUGAAUCACAUUGGCCGGAUAGCAAUAAUUUUAUCUAGCGUAAUCCCUUUCCUCUUAAUGACUCCUGUGUUUGGUGUCGGCAACCACUAUGAAUGUUAUAAGAACUUCACCGUAAAACACAAGUGCCUGCUGAUGCACACAGAGACACACCUGUUCUCCGCCAGUCACCAGCAAUUCACCUGCUCGGUGAUCUAUUUCUACAGCAUUGGAGUCUUCCUCCUCUUCUCUUUGGCCAGCUUCAUCGCCAUCCUGGUCCUGCUUAUCCAAGCCAGAGGUUUGUACAAGAGAUCUGUCAACUCGACAGGUUACUUGGGCGAUCAGCAGUGGGCAAUGAUCAAGAUGGUCGAGCAGCGCGUGGUUCUGUACCCCAUAGUGUUUUUCUGCUGCUGGGGCCCAGCCUUUAUCCUUGGAAUAGUCAAACUGACCAAUUUGGAAAACACAAACAGCCUAUAUAUGGCUCUUAAUGUUUUAGAGGCCCACACGGCCUCCUCCCCGGGCCUGCUUGAAGGCUGGACCCAGCACAUGUUCCGCUGCAUGAAACGCAAAGCCUGCAGAGACGUCGACACGCAGACGCCGCUGCUGCGCUCCCAGAAGAGGUUCUACGCCAGCACGCACCCCGUCAACACCCGAGAUGCGGCCACAUCCCCCACGUCCCCAUCCACGGGGUUAUAAGCAAAAGACACUUUGGAACCGAACCGCCAAGUCUCUCCGGCCCGCUCCUCCUGCUGCUGCUGCUGUAACCCUCGGCCCCUGCUCUCCUCCUUGCCGUGGGCUGUUGCCACCUGGCUCUGUCCCCCAGUGGCCCUGAGUUGGUGCAUGGGUGAUGCUGAAGCGGGCCACCAGGAGGCGCUGCAAGAAGCGGAGGCGUGACGUGGGGUUGACAGUCGGUCCUCCAG